UUUAGAUCCUCUACAGUUGUUUUUGGAGAACAUAUUUGAAACAUAUAUAGUUUGUUUUUAUGUAUAACAGCUGUAUCCAAAUAUUUCCAAAUGAACGUUUUUGAAAAUGUUGAAAUUAUUGUGGUCUGACAGGGCGAAGCAAUCAACUGACGAUACGUGUUGUCAUUGACGUAGGGAAGGUUUGGGUGCUAAAGUCAUGGCGUUGUUAAAGCAAAGUUGUGUUGUCGCUGGUCGUUUCACAUGUAAUCAUCUUUUUCUCCAGUCUAGAUGUAUCGAUGCCUCACAUGUUUACGCCAGUGGCUUGAGUACGGCCACAAAGGCGUCUCCCUUGCCGAAAGAUCGCAAGAAGGAGUUACCGUUAACUGCGGAUGGGCCUGAUCUGCAAGACUUCAUUUCGGGUGAUCUGUCAGACAAGACCCGAUGGGAGGAAUACCGUGGCAACUUGAAGCGCCAGAAAGGAGAUAGGCUGCGACUGCCCCCCUGGCUAAAGACUGAGAUUCCUAUUGGAAAAAACUACAACCGACUCAAGAACACACUGAGGGACCUGAAUUUGCAUACGGUCUGUGAGGAGGCGAGAUGUCCAAACAUCGGAGAGUGCUGGGGAGGAGGAGAGUAUGCUACAGCUACUGCCACAAUCAUGUUGAUGGGGGACACAUGCACACGUGGAUGCCGUUUCUGUUCUGUAAAAACGGCACGCAAGCCUCCACCACUGGAUCCCAAUGAGCCAGAGAAUACUGCAAAAGCCAUUUCUGCCUGGGGGCUGGACUAUGUAGUCUUGACCUCAGUGGACCGGGAUGACAUACCUGACGGAGGUGCAGAACAUUUUGCCCAAACAGUGAUAAACCUGAAGCAGAGGAGCCCGAGCAUGUUGGUAGAAUGCUUAACUCCUGAUUUCCGUGGUGACUUGAGUGCAGUGGAGAAGCUGGCCCUGUCAGGGCUGGAUGUGUACGCCCAUAAUGUGGAGACAGUGCGAGAGUUACAGAGGCAUGUACGUGACCCUCGGGCCAACAUUGACCAGUCUCUGGCUGUCCUGCGUCAUGCCAAAGCAGUGAACCCCUCUAUCCUCACAAAGACCUCCAUCAUGUUGGGCCUCGGAGAGACUGAGGCACAGAUACACGCAACCAUGAAAGAGUUGCGCGACAGUGGAGUAGAUUGUCUGACUCUGGGUCAGUACAUGCAGCCAACUAAACGUCACCUGAAGGUGGAGGAGUAUGUCACUCCAGAGCGCUUUGCUCACUGGGAAAAGGUUGGGAAGGAAAUGGGCUUUGUCUACACAGCUAGUGGUCCACUUGUACGCUCUUCAUAUAAAGCAGGUGAAUUCUUCCUGAAGAAUCUUCUAGAAAAGAGGAAGGCUGCCACAUCAGAAUGAAGUGGCUGUCUUGUUCCACACUCAGUCAGAUGUCCAGCCAUCCCAUUUUCAGUACACCUCUAUUUAGUGUCCACUACAGCUGCUUAAGCACACAUACAUAAUCUUGGGGAAAGGACCAAAGGAGGUGAAUUAAGACAGACACAGGCUUGUGUCACUGUGAAGACCUUCAAAGGAUUCAGGUUUCAUUUACAGAAAGUUUAGCUGAAGUUGGAUAAACACUCUCAUAGUGAGAGUAUGAAAUGAUGACAUGAAGUGUAAAACACACUGCUUUAAGAAGAGUUUGUAUAAAAGUACAAAUAUAUUUGAAUAAAUGUAAGUACAUUUUAUAACCAACCUGGAAUAUGGACAUGAAUAAAAUGAACUUAAGAGCAGAAAAGUAAAGCUGCAA